UACUAUAAAAUAGGACAGAGAAGGAGAAAUUUUUUAAAUUAGAGUUCCUCUGAAAUUCUCAAAGAGAAAAAUAAACAAACGCUUUGCAAGCUUUCCCCCUCUUUAUUCUUAGUCUGUGAUGUUAAGCUCUUAACGACAAAGAAGCCAAAUCCACUUAUCUGGUUUACCGACACACUGAAUGCAAAUUGCAGUCAUACUUCCAUUUUAACAAAGCAUGACAACGAGGUGAUUGAGUAGCUUCCCAAACUACCAGAGCAGAGGGCACUAACUUGCAUCGGCUGAUGUUAGAUCAGCACUUCAUAAAUUGUGCUCCUGAUCAUUUAGAUGGUCUUUCUAUGCAGAAUCGGCGGUCUAGCACUGGCUCUCACAGGCAUUAAAAAUCAUCACUCUGCUAACCCAACUCACAGCUCAGACGGGUCUUCCUGAAUGCAGCCUUUAUUACAACCUCACUGCUGCUUCCUGCACUGAAGGAAUACCAUGUUUUUAAGCCAGGAGUUCUUUCUUCUUUUAUUGUAACUGGGGGGUCUUACAACGACCCAAUACUGUUACAAAGCACGGUGCUUUAUAACAGUAAAGCUUCUGGAAAACCCAAACAAAAGACACGUCACCCGGUGACGUCAGCCUAUAUACAGUUCUGUGUGGUCGCAGCACAUAAGCAAAUCCAUUCUUGUGCCAUUUCUCGGAAAAGCUUUUCAGUAAAUGCACUCAUGCUGCUCCAGGAGCUCUUCUCUGCAACAAGCCUCCCAUCUGCCAUCAACAAGUUAAGACCGAGGGAACUAACAGCUGCGGAAAGGAAAGACUGAUGCUUUGAUUAACCAGCUGAGCAGUUAGAGGAGGGCGAAAUUAAUAACUUACAUUCAAAUGUGAUUUAAGGAACCAGAGCGAUCACAGAAAAUGAAACCAAUGCUUCUGAAAGGAAUAUCUUAAGGAAAAAAAACAACUCACCCUGGUGGAUUCAGUUUUACUCAAAAAGCCUGGGACACAGAAAACAGGAAACUGGUCAAAGGCUCCUGCAUGUUAGAGCCUUUUACAGACUCACUGCGUUGAGUCUAACAACCGCGACUGAAUGCAGCCUCCAAUGUGCUCGGAAGAAUGGGCUUACAUUUCAAGUGGCCGUUAGGGGCCCCUAUGCUGGCAGCAAUUUAUGCAAUGAGUAUGGUUUUAAAAAUGCUGCCUGCCCUGGGAAUGGCGUGUCCACCCAAAUGCCGCUGUGAGAAGCUGCUCUUCUACUGCGACUCUCAGGGCUUCCACUCAGUGCCAAACGCCACAGAAAAGGGCUCCCUGGGCCUGUCCCUGAGGCACAAUCACAUCACAGAGCUUGAAAGAGAUCAAUUUGCCAGCUUCAGUCAACUUACCUGGCUCCACUUAGACCACAAUCAAAUUUCAACAGUAAAAGAAGAUGCUUUUCAAGGACUAUAUAAACUUAAGGAAUUAAUCUUAAGUUCAAACAAAAUAUUUUACUUGCCAAACACAACUUUUACUCAACUGAUUAACCUGCAAAAUUUGGACCUGUCUUUUAAUCAGCUGUCAUCUCUGCACCCAGAGCUCUUCUACGGCCUUCGGAAGCUGCAGACCUUGCAUUUACGGUCCAACUCUCUGCGGACUAUCCCAGUACGCCUAUUCUGGGACUGUCGUAGUCUGGAGUUUCUAGAUUUGAGCACAAACCGUUUGCGAAGUUUGGCUCGUAAUGGAUUUGCAGGAUUAAUCAAACUGAGAGAGCUUCACCUAGAGCACAACCAGCUGACGAAGAUUAAUUUUGCUCAUUUCCUACGGCUAAGCAGUCUGCACACACUCUUCUUACAAUGGAACAAAAUCAGCAACUUGACAUGUGGGAUGGAAUGGACCUGGGGCACUUUAGAAAAGCUAGACCUGACUGGAAAUGAAAUCAAGGCCAUCGACUUGACAGUGUUUGAAACAAUGCCUAAUCUUAAAAUACUCCUAAUGGAUAACAACAAGUUAAACAGCCUUGAUUCCAAGAUCUUAAAUUCCCUGAGAUCCCUCACAACUGUUGGCCUCUCUGGCAAUCUGUGGGAAUGCAGCCCUAGAAUAUGUGCUUUGGCCUCCUGGCUGGGCAGUUUCCAAGGUCGGUGGGAACAGUCCAUCUUAUGCCACAGUCCUGACCACACCCAAGGAGAGGAUAUAUUAGAUGCAGUUCAUGGAUUUCAGCUCUGCUGGAAUUUAUCAACCACUGUCACAGCCAUGGCUACAACUUACAGAGAUCCAACCACUGAAUAUACAAAAAGAAUAAGCUCAUCAAGUUACCAUGUGGGAGACAAAGAAAUCCCAACUACGGCAGGCAUAUCAGUUACUACUGAGGAACAUUUUCCUGAACCAGACAAUGCCAUCUUCACUCAGAGGGUAAUUACAGGAACAAUGGCUUUAUUGUUUUCUUUCUUUUUUAUUAUUUUUAUAGUGUUCAUCUCCAGGAAGUGCUGCCCUCCCACUUUAAGAAGAAUUAGGCAGUGCUCAAUGAUUCAGAACCACAGGCAGCUCCGAUCCCAAACACGACUCCAUAUGUCAAACAUGUCAGACCAAGGACCGUAUAAUGAAUAUGAACCCACCCACGAAGGACCCUUUAUCAUCAUUAAUGGUUAUGGACAGUGCAAGUGCCAGCAGCUGCCAUACAAAGAAUGUGAAGUAUAAUAUCUACCCAUCAUCAAAAUUACAUCAGAUAAGUAACCUAUUUUACAUAGUAGGGGCUAAAUAAAUAUCUAAUUUUUAACAAUGGUGACAUUAAGCCUAAUUUUCAAAACCAAGUGGAGACUUAAGUUUUCGAAGUAUUGAAGUGUUUUUAAUUUUUUUAAUGAAAUCAUAUUUUAAGUGUGAAAUGAAGCAAUGCUCACAUUAAUUUGCACUCUUGCUGGAAAGUCUAAAAAUGCUUACUUCAAAAUAUGACAUUUCAUGUAUGUGAUUGUGUACUAUUGAGUGUAAACAUUUACACUAAGGUCUCCAUAUGCUAUUUUUUCCUACUGAGAACGGUUUGGAAAGAAGCUACUAAGCAGAAAAAGAUACGGAUCAGUACUUGUGUGACCACUGCUUUCCAUCCUAAGUACCACCACUGGCUUGCUGCUUAAAAGGAGACUUAGCAAAGUUCUCUUGUAUGAUAAUUUGGUAUUUACUCAAAUCUACAAUUUACUGCCAGUGUGGGAAGUAUAAUUUCAUGUAUGCUGAAGUCUGGUAAAUAUUAAAUACUCUUCUUCCAGA